GCCACAGGCCGUGCAGCCGCAAUCGCGUCCCCCGGCAACGCUGCACGGCCCGCGGGGUCCGGGGGCCGCCCCACGGCACCGCCACCGCCGUGUCCCGCGGGGGCCCGCGGCGCCGGGCCGCGGGCGGAGGGGCUGCGCCGCAUGGCAGCGAUGCCCUCCUCCGAGGCCGUUCUGCAGCCAUCCCCCAGCAAGAGGCAGAAGAGCUCGGUGUCCGGGGACCCCACCGCACGGCUCCGCUUCACCAAGCUCUCCGAGAACGCCUCCACCCCCUCCAGAGGUUCCCCUCGGGCUGCGGGCUACGACCUACACAGUGCCUAUGACUGUGUGAUACCCCCCAUGGAAAAGGCUGUAGUGAAGACAGACAUUCAAAUUGCACUUCCUUCUGGAUGCUAUGGUCGAGUUGCACCGCGUUCUGGUUUAGCUGCAAAGCACUUCAUAGAUGUUGGUGCUGGUGUUAUUGAUGAGGAUUACAGGGGAAACGUUGGUGUGGUACUCUUCAACUUUGGCAAGGAGAAUUUUGAAGUUAAGAAAGGGGAUAGGAUUGCCCAGCUCAUCUGUGAACGCAUUUGCUAUCCUGAACUAGAAGAAGUUCAAGCUCUAGAUGAUACAGAACGUGGCGAAGGUGGCUUUGGUUCUACAGGAAAGAACUGAACUUUAUUUGAAUGUACUUUCUAUACUUUUUUUGUUACGCUAUUUCUAAGUUUUCAUUUGCAUUAAAAGAGGGAUUUUGGAGUACAUAAAAAACUUGUUUUAUUGAGGCUUCUCUGUAUCUGUCCUCCUGUAUUUUUACAGGCAGUGAAUUCAUCUGCAUUAUGGGCAAAUGUGCCUGACUGACUGGAUGGAGUAGCUGGUGGAUUGUUUUUCUUUAUAUGUUCAGUCCACAGUAAUAAGAACUCAUUGUUUCUGUGCUGAUUGUACUCAAAUAAAUUUAAAAAAAUAA